AGACCAUUGGCUGUCCAGAGUCCCUCAAACCUGCGUUGUGAUGAAUAUGUAAACACCACUUCCCAAGUUUCUGUCACGGACUAACGGUGCCACAGGAGAGUAUUAUCCAUGUGUGUGGAGAGGUUAAUUUGGAUCAAUUAGCCAAGCUUCGAAAGGCGAAUGUGAUCUCCAACUGAUCAGCAUUGCUUCAUUUGAAACGCAAAGUAUGGAUUGAUGGAGGCGUCUAUGAAACACUAAGCAACGGGACAAUCAUUUUGUUUAAAUUCAGCGACUUUGUGUUUCUUUAAGUGUGUAUUCUUCAGCUGUGUGCAGAGUUGCUGUUUGCCGGUGUCUCGCGUGUCUUUCUUUGUGCUACUCUUCUCCAAGCAUGCUUGAACCAAGUGGCGCACGAGCAGUUUGAACAUCGCCAAACCUUCCUCAACAUCCCCAAACUAUGGCCAGCGAUCACAGUUUAUAGAAGAGGAUUACUAAAACUCCCGACAUCACAUUUUUUACCUGUUCUCUGUUACCACUGAGCUGCAUUAAACCCAGCGUUUAAGCGAGCGAAAAUUGCGCCCUUUUCAUAGAGCAACGCGAGAGGAAACAUGGAUGUAUUUUAUCCGUCAGUCGGAGGGAAUUCUCUUCCUGGGGAUCCACAGAACCUGGAUUUUUCCCACUGCCUGGGAUACUACAACUACAACAAGUUUGGGAAUAACAACAACUACAUGAACAUGGCUGAUGCCAAUGGAGCUCUGUUAUCAGGGGCAAAUACGUUCCAUACUCCAAGUUUUGGUGAUGAGGAGUUUGAAAUUCCCCCCAUCACGCCUCCUCCCGAGACAGAGUCUGGUAUGGGCCUCCAGGAGGUGAACUCGCCUUACCCCGGGCUACCAGGCCACCCCAACUCUCAGCGGGGGUCGUUCACUCCACAGUUCCCACCUCAGAGCCUGGAACUCCCCUCAAUCACCAUCUCCAGAAAUAUGAUGGAGCAGGAAGGAAUUAACAUUGGACACCCCGGGGGCGUUGAUCAGAACCACCUACGUCAGUACCCUCCAAACCCCACCAUGGUGAUGCGCUCAAUCAUUAGUAUGCACAACCCCAAUGGCAUAAUGUCUCAAAACCAGCUUACCACCAUCAACAAAUCACAGAUCAACACACAGCUGGGGCUGAAUAUGACUGGAUCAAACAUAGCUCACACAUCCCCAUCUCCACCUGCCAGCAAAUCGGCCACACCCUCUCCUUCGAGCUCUAUUAAUGAUGAUGAUCAAGAGGAAGGCAACAGGGUGAUUGGUGAAAAGCGCCCCGCCCCUGACGCAGGUAAGAAGCCAAAGACACCCAAGAAAAAGAAGAAAAAGGAUCCCAAUGAGCCCCAGAAGCCAGUGUCUGCAUAUGCCUUGUUCUUUAGAGACACCCAGGCAGCCAUUAAAGGCCAGAACCCUAAUGCCACGUUUGGAGAGGUAUCCAAGAUUGUAGCUUCUAUGUGGGAUGGACUGGGAGAGGAGCAGAAACAGGUUUACAAAAGCAAAACAGAAGCAGCAAAGAAGGAGUACCUGAAAGCUCUUGCAGCAUACCGUGCAAGUCUUGUGUCAAAGGCUGCCGCAGAGUCAGCUGAGGCCCAGACUAUUCGCUCAGUGCAGCAGACCCUGGCCUCCACCAGCCUCUCCCCAGCACUUGUGAUGCCUUCCCCUCUGUCUCAGCACCCUUCAAUGUCUGCUGCUGCACAGGCGCUCCAGCAGGCCCUGCCUCGAGCCAUCGCUCCCAAACCUCUGCAAAUGCGUGUUGGCAACAGCAAGAUCGUCACCUCUGUCGCGGUAGCUCACCAGAACAUGACACCUGGUAGUGUUCAGUCGCAGCUGAUGGGGCAGAUGGGCGUGUCAUCGCAAAUGAGUCCACCGAUGCAGCCGCGGCACGCCGCUAUGCAGCAGAUGCAACAGCAGCAGCAAAUGCAACAGCACUUGCAACACCAUCAAAUGCAGCAGCAGCAAAUGCACCACCAGCAGAUUCAGCAGCAAAUGCAGCAGCAGCAUUUCCAGCAUCACCUGCAGCAGCAGCUUCAGCAGCAUCACAUGCAACAGCAGCAGCAUCAAAUGCAACAGCAGCAAAUGCAGCAUAUGCAGCAGAUGCAGCAGAUGCAGCAGCAUCAAAUGCAGCAGCAUCUCCAGCAGACGCAGCAGCAAUCUCAGUGUUCGCCUGUGCAGCACUCGCCUAGCACACCUCACUCAACCUCUCUCAGCAGCCCACCACCCCCUCCUCCACCCCAGCCACACCCCUCCCAGGUACAGGCCCAUGCCCAAGUCCUGUCACAAGUGAGCAUCUACUGAACCAAAACCCUAAGUCCCAACUCCAUGUGAUCAGCUGAAGGAAGUUGUUAUUAAAAAGCAUCAUUAAAAGGUUGCUUUUAUAAAUUGCACUUAAGAAGUGUGUAAGAAAUAUGAAUGUUUUACAAAGAACUGUCCUUUGUUUUAGAUGGAUAUAUGAUAUGUGUUAAAAGGACAAAGCGUCUUAGAUGGAGUUUUUGUCUAUAAGAUAGGCUGAACUACAGGGAGGUCUGUUCAUAGACUUGAGUGCCCAGUAGUCAUUUGUAUGUACAUUUAGUUCAUUUGAUUUUCGUUCUUUCUGUUUUGGAGUUUAAUAUCUGUCGGAGCAUGAUUACUUGGGCAAAACACUUUGGCACGAUCACAGGAACACCUGAUGGUUUAAUUUAACAGCUUUAUUUAUGAGAUCAGUGUUUUAUCCAAACACCAGAUAAAAUGAAAAAGACUGGAUUUCUGUGAAUGGUGAAUUCAGAAAGAAGGCACUGUUCAACAAAAGGGAAAAACUAAACUGAACAAUACAGAAUUACUAAACUGGUCAUCAGAGAUAUGCUUUAUUGGCUUUUGCACUCUCCGACCAGAAGUCUACCAUGUUUCCUUCCCUUUUUCCUCAUCCUGCUUGUUAUUCUCCCAGAUGGAACUGUUUAACUGUCACUUUUGGGAAAACCCUCAAUCAAAGCAUACUUCUUUUUGCCAUGUUAUCAAUGAGAUCAUAAGUGACAUUUAAUAAAAAUAUGUAUAACACUCUGGGUUUUGCUGGAUAGAACAAUGGACUAUCUGACAUACUUCUAUAGAUCAUUUCCUUCAUCGUGUCUCCAAACACUAUGUGACCUGCUGUAUGUGUUCUGUGGAAAGAGCUGAAGAAGUUCUUGGAGGUCCUUCUCCUCUGGACAAAACCUCAAAAGCACAUUCACUCCAGCUUGUAGUAACAGCACUCCACUAAAAAUUGUCUUUACCUCAGUAGUUUUAUUGAAUAAAAAUGUUUUUGUUCUUUUUUUUUUUUUUUUUUUUUUUUUUUGUAAUGAAAACAUAUUUAAUGAAAAAGGCUAAAUUACAGAAUUUGAUGGUAGAUGGUUUACUGAUUGAGCCAUUUUUAUUCCAUGAUACCCAACACAUUCACAAUGAGGACAGUUAGACAGGAAUCUUAUCAGAUUUCUUUUUUUUUUUUUUACUAUCAUGGAAAGGAUAUGGGAGUAUUUUGUGCCAGCUGUACAUUAAUUAGUGGUAAAUAUAAAAGAAAAUUAAGUUGUACAUAUUUCAUACCUCAUGUUGUAAAGUUUUAAUAUGUGAGGCUUCAAAAGCAGAAGUUGGCAAGCUGACCUGUCAUGCUUUCUCAUAGUACUCUUUUCUACUUUUUAUGAGUUACAGUAGAAGCAAUUCAUUUGUUAUAUGUUUUCUUACAAUUCAAAAUUAAUUGCUUUUAAAACAUAACAGUAAAAUAAAUACAGUUUAUAUCGGUUGGAAACUCCAUCUGUUUUUAAACUUUUAAAUGUAAUUUCUUAAGUUACAAAUUUUGUCGCCAUCCAAAAAGCACAUUCAAAAGAGGCAUUACAUCAUCAAUAUAAUACUACCUAUACUUUUGUAUUGUAUUUCUCUGUCUCACUGUUUGCAUUUAAAAUAACAAUCAAAAAUAUUUAUUUCAAGGGACUGAAUCAUUUCAAAGAUUAUAUUAGCCAUACUUUUGUAUAAAAUAUUUCCUCAAUGUGUCCUUGUUAGUUAUGAAAGAUUUAAA